AUGACUGAUUUAAUAAAACAAUUAGAUGGCAUGUUCACAAGAGAACACCUAGAGAAAAAUAAAUACCUUCUAAAAAACUUGGAUCCAAAUUUGAAUCUACCAAUAGUGGCACUUCAAAAAGAAUACUCAUUAGCAAAGCAUACCAUUGAAGAAAUUUUGGGAGUAAGAUAAUAUAUUUAUAUGAUAGGCUUUGAAGCAAUGUAAAAAUUGCAAAUUGCAUGAAGGAUAUGUGACUCUCUUGAUACCUCCACACACAAAGAAUAUUAUAAUAAAUGAAAUCAGCUAAACAAAUGCAGAUUUCAAAGCUUACCUGAUUGAAAAAUAUCUGAAGAACGUUGAGUGUGAGAUAGCAUUUGAAGGCGGAUGUUGUAGGGUGACAUUUAAGGAUGAUGAAAUUGGAUUGAAGUUUUUAGAUUAAGCAGUGAAUGAUCCAAAAGAUCCAUUAAAGGCAUAUGUUGAACCAGAAAAUGUGUACUAAUCACUUACAAAGAGUUUGGGAUUCAACAAUUAAGCACAAUACUUAUAUCAAUACAGUAAUAGUGUAUAAGUAAUGUAGAUAACUAAAUGUUCUAAAAUUUAUAUAUAAGAAAGGCUUCAGAUGAUGUUGCAGGAUAGACUCAAGCUGAAAAAACUGCCAAACCAUAUUAUCCUCCUGUUCAAUAGCAAUAAUCAAAUCCCAGAAAAUAAUCAGGGUAAGAAAGAAAGGGAAGCGAGUAGGUCGAGCAUUAAGAUAAAAAAACAAAGACUCCAACAUCAGGACCCAAAGAAAUUUAUGUUGAAAAAUANUAAGUUGUUAAGAUAAUGUUAUCCCUUAAAACAAAUAAUGAAUUCAAAUUUGUAACUAUUAUUAUUAAGAUAUUAUUUUUUAGAAGGAUAAAUGUUCACUGA